CAAGAUCGAGUCCUGUGUGCUCUUCCGACUGAACCCACUGGGUGCCCCAGGGUGCCUCGGUUUCAAAGCAGCUGCAAGUCCUUUGGGGAGAAGGCCCUGCCAUGUCCCGCCGGCUGGGCUGGCCUGUCCUGUACAGCCUGGCGGCACUGCUGCUCAGCUGCCUGCUCUUCCUGAAGAAGGAGGCCAAGCCGGUGGGGGGCUCCGCGGCCCGCCAGCCCUUCUGGGCUCCCCCAGGGCCCCGCCGCAGCCAGUGUCCCCCCAACCACACGGUGGCUAACGUCUCCCUGUCCUUGCCUAGCCGUCACCGCCUCUUCCUGACCUAUCGUCACUGCCGCAACUUCUCCAUCUUGCUGGAGCCUUCGCGCUGUGCCGAGGACACCUUCCUGCUCCUGGCCAUCAAGUCGCAGCCUGGCCACGUGGAGCGGCGCGCGGCCAUCCGCAGCACGUGGGGCCGCGUGGGGGACCGGGCUCGGGGCCGGCGGCUGAAGCUGGUGUUCCUCCUGGGGGUGGCGGGCCCUGCGCCCCCCGCCCAGCUGCUGGCCUACGAAAGUCGGGAGUUCGACGACAUCCUGCAGUGGGACUUUGCGGAGGACUUCUUCAACCUGACCCUCAAGGAGCUGCACCUGCAGCGCUGGGUGGCGGGUGCCUGUCCUCACGCCCACUUCAUGCUAAAGGGGGACGACGACGUCUUCGUCCAUGUCCCCAAUGUGCUGGAGUUCCUGGAUGGCUGGGACCCAGCCCGGGACCUCCUGGUGGGAGACGUGAUCCGCCAGGCCCUGCCCAACAGGAACACCAAGGUCAAGUACUUCAUCCCCCCAUCCAUGUACCGGGCCCGCCACUACCCGCCCUACGCCGGGGGUGGGGGAUAUGUCAUGUCUAGAGCCACCGUGCGGCGCCUCCAAGCGGCCGUGGAAGAGGCCGAACUCUUCCCCAUCGACGACGUGUUCGUGGGUAUGUGCCUGAGGAAGCUGGGCGUGAGCCCCACGCACCAUGCUGGCUUUAAGACAUUUGGAAUACGGCGGCCCCUGGACCCCCUAGACCCCUGCCUGUACCGAGGGCUCCUCCUGGUGCACCGCCUCAGCCCCCUGGAGAUGUGGACCAUGUGGGCGCUGGUGACAGAUGAGGGGCUCAGGUGUGCAGCGGCCCCCUUGCGUCCGCUCCAGGGGGCGGGCUGAGUGAGGAGAGCCCGCGCUGAUUCUCCCCUCAUGACGACAAACUGAGAACCGUGCCCCUUACCCUGAGGGUCUAUAGGAAAUGCUAACCUCGCUUUUGUACCCCCCCAACCUUGCUAACUCUGAUUAAAAACACCGAAACCUCG